AUGCAUCAAAGAAGAGGAGCUGACCUGCGAGGACAAUUUGGAGCUCCAAAACGAAUCGAAGAGAGGAUUGAAUUGAUGGAUGACGAACCCCGCGUUGCAGAUCUACAACGCGAUGCGAAUUUGGGCCUGGUCGUUUCGUUGCUAUUUGUCUGUGAUGGACUCAUAAAGGAAAGUGCUGAGGAGGUUACACCGUUGAAGGGCGUGCCACGUGAUGUGUCGUUAACUUAA